AUGCAGAGCUUGUUCACGGCGAUCGAUCCAGAGUUGCACAAAGCUCUCAAGCGACCAGUGGCACAAAAGUAUUCCAUGACGUCUAUUCGAACCCUCGAGUAUCUGGUGGACCCCUGUACGAAAAUGUUCACGGAUGCCAUGACCGAUAUGCAGGGGCAGGUGGUCAACUUGGGCACGUGGGUACAGUGGUACGCAUUCGACGUCAUUGGCGCCAUCACGUUCUCCCGCCGCUUCGGAUUCAUGGAGACUCGGUCCGACGUCAAUGAUGUUAUUUCUGGCAUCGAGACCGGGCUGAUGUACGGCGGAAUUAUCGGGGAAGUGCCUUCUUUGCACAAGUAUCUCCUGGGCAACAUCACAUUGAGGAAGGUGAUGGACAAACUCGGAGUUCCAGAUCCAUUGCCGAUAGUUAUGAAUAUUACGAUGCCAAACAUGACUCUUCUGAACGAGGAGAUUUCCUGGCGUAUUUGCGACGAGAGCAAGCCUCUACUGGUGAACACAUCAGUACUCGAGAUAUGA